AAAUCGGCUCCGGAGGCAGAAUUCCUUCACUCGUGCGCCAGGAACAGUUCAGGCAGUAGGUCAACAACAUCUGUUAGCAAACCAGAAACUACCUUCAGAAUGGUGUCGACAUCCGAUUGUGUAAUCAAGACCAAAAUCAUAAACGGGAAAAAGGUAUCCAAACCAUUGAUGGAGAAGAAAAGACGAGCGCGCAUAAAUAAAUGUUUGGACCAGUUAAAAUCUCUGCUGGAGAAUUAUUACACCAGCAAUAUUCGAAAACGCAAACUCGAGAAAGCGGACAUCUUGGAACUAACUGUAAAGCAUCUGAGAAAUCUUCAGAAGAUCCAGAGUGGAUUUUCCAUGAACUCCGAGUAUGCUGAAUACCAAGCUGGCUUCAGGAGCUGCCUAGCAGGCGUGAACCAGUACUUGCAAGACAACUCGAGUGGGAGCAGCAGUCGUUUGACCAUGCUGACGCACCUUUCAAGCAGCCUGCACUGCGCCGGAGGACAGGCUCAGAACUCCAGCACCGCGGACAGCGACACGGUCGCAAAACAUGUGCUGCCCGAAACUGUGGUGUGCUGCCCGAUGCAAAGACGUCUUCCUUCGAUAGUUGGGCACGAAGUGAGCAAGGCACCGACCACAGUGCCCCUCGCCCGGUGCAUCAGGGCGCUCGAACCUUACAGCGCUACGGUGUGCGUGUCCGAAUCCAAACCUACUAAACUCUCCGCAGGGACCAGUCAAGUCAUCGUAUCCACCAAUAAGAUUAAACUAAAUAACAGUCUCAGCUCAUGCUACAGAAACAAGUGUCUCUCAAAUGGUCAACACAGCCAUGCAGUUACCAUGCACAAUGUUUGGCGUCCUUGGUAGCAUGUUGAAUGGAGAUUUAUUUGAACUGAUAAAUACUUUGUGUAGUAUUUGCACGGUGUAGAUUUGUAUUUUCUAAAUACUGUUUUUACUAUUGUACAGAUUUUUAAAAAUUGUAUCAAUAAAAUCAAAGAACUGAA